GGAGAGGGCGGGUUUAGAACGUUCCCCGGGAGGGAGUGCGCGAGAGAGGCCGCGCGCGUGCGUGUCUGUCUGUCUGGCGCUCCUGGUGGGCUCUUCCGCUGCCGCUGCCCGCACGCAGGUGCGAAGCAAAGAUGGGGUUUGCUGAGGACAAGGUUUAUGAGUACAUUAGGGAAAACAUGUCUGACUUCCAUCGCACCCGGGUGCUCCAGCUGAUUCGCCAUCUGCCGUGUCUCUCUGAUGCAGACAGGGAAGAGAUCGAAGCCUACGACGACAGGAAAGGGAACGAGUGCGCCGUGUGGAAGCUCUUCGACUACUUGAAAUGCAGGAGUGGCUGGGUGAAGGAGCUCAUUGAGGCGCUCAGGAAGAACAGGCACCAUGAUCUCGCAGACAGGGUUCAGUGCGAGUACGAUGCUCACCAAGUCCGUCCUCGGAGCAAGGCACCACUUCCUGCUGUGAAUAACUCUCAGAUGCCACCACCGACUGCUAAUCCUGAUCCUCGGUGCGCUGGCCCCACCUUUGUGAACAAUCCCCACAUGCCUCCAUUGCCUAGGCAGCCAGCAAGUCUCCCAGGGUCUGGCGCACCCCUGCCUCCCCAGACUAAUCCGUCUGGAGCGGAAAGCUGCCAUGACCUGGGGGAAUACAAUACUCCUGUGCAAGAAAUGGAGCCGAUGGCAAAGCAAAAGGUUACAGAAGAUGCCCUGACCCCAUGGAGGGAAGCUCCGAGUUCCCAACCCACUGGGAACGCAGCACUAGCUGAUCUCAGGGCAUCACAGGAAGGCGGUAACCAUGGAGAUGGUCUGGCCCCAACAGCAGUCCGUUUAUCUCCUGGAUCACCAGCGGGACACCUGCUGGCUUCUGUGGGGCUUCCCAGAGAAGAGGUGGAAGUGGCUCAGCCAAGCAGACCAGUACCUGACCCGAGAGGACAGAGUCAAGACUGGGCUGGCCGCCAGCAGCAUCCGGUCUGUGUGAGCGGUGGGUAUUUUGGGAACAUGAACCACCUGAACGUUGGGAACAGCAGAAAGGCAUCCAUGCCUGGAGAGCCUGUUCAGAGAGGGGAGCCAGCCGCCGCUCCUAGCCGAGAGGAUUUCAAGAACCAGCCAGAAGAGGUUUACUAUUCUUCUUUUGAGCGCUUUCCCCUGACUUCCGGUGCCAACAGAGCUGUCCACGGAGAUGGGCAGCAGCCUGGAGAUUCGCUCCGGGAACAGAAGAUUCAGGCUUUGCAGGGUUACGAGAAUGGGAAUCUGACAAGCAGCAUGGUGGAUGUUCGUGACCCUUUCCUCCUGCAGACCCAGUUUGAUGCAGAGCAGAAACGUGCCCAGGGGCAGAGAGACCGUGGCGGAGAGAGGGAUGCGUUUCCCCUACACCAAAUCAGAGAUUCUGCACAAAGCACACACAGUUAUGGUGAUGUGGGAGCCAUCAAAGGAAGGGCUGACUCUAGUCCUGCAAUCGGAUCAGUGCCUGCCUCUCAGACAAUGAGCACAAUCCCCGCGGAUCUCAGUGAGGAUGUGACCGCUCAUGAUUUGGGAGCAUUACAUCUCGGCACAAUGCGCUCGGCCAGCUCCUCUGAAAAACUGGCUUCAGGCCCCUCCACUGGACCUUCCCAGGGGAUCCCUGAGCAGAACCCAGAUAGCGGCAUCAAUUCCCACUGUGGUGGACGGUCGGGAGGGUGCCUAGCAGAUACCCUGGGAGUUGCCAGUGGACUGGCAAACAGCAGGGAUCCUCAAAGCAAAGUCCAGAUCCCAACUCCUGCACCUCACGUGCUAUGCCCAGCUUCGACUCCUGGGCCCAGCAACAUUCUUCCAACCGGUUCCCCCAUCCAUCCCAGUACGACUAGCAUUAACAGAGUUCUCAAGCUCUCCAAUGCCAUGCCUGCUGUGGAAUUCCCUGACCUUAGUGGCUUCUCCUCUACUGCUGUGAUUCCACCUAGUUCGCCUGCAUUGCCUUCUGACCCGUCAGGGCCAGCGUUCAACAGCGACCUGGGUGAGCUGAAAUCUCCCGUCCAAGAGCGCGAAUUGCCAGCGAGAGAGACAGACAGCAGCAGCAGCUCCAUGCCAAAAGAGAACGCAAAUCGAGUGCCAAAGCCCCCUGCUCCGAGUGUGACCCGAACCAGUCCAGGGAUCCCUGGGAACACAGCUGGCACCACCGUGAGGGAGGCAGGGUGGGAGACCCAAAUCACCUUGCCAGACCCCCUUGGGGGCUGCCAAGCGUUCUACAAUGAGCCGGAUGAAGAGGUGGAGCUCAGCAAGCCAGGCGUGCUAAUCUCCACUGGAGGCGUGGAGGAGCCAGCCAAGAGGCAGCUGGAGUCACCCGAGACAAAUGUCCAAUAUUCUGGGGAGUCUGAUCGCUUUGUCUUCAGCGGCGAGUGCUCUCAGGACAGCAAUCCCCUAAUGAUAAGCAAAUCCACCAGUGCCUGUUCCAGCUCCAGCAGAGCCCAGAGGAAUCAGCCUGAAGAGAAUCACUACUCCUCUCGCUCUGACCACUGGCCCCCAGCUUGGGCUGCCAGCAAUGGCCCAAGAAGAGACGAAGCUACCAAAACCAGCAGAGCCUCCCUUCCGCCAGAGAGCAGCAGCACCUGGGACAGCACAGCUGUGGGAACUCAUGAAGUCCAUGUGGUUGAGUAUCCUAGCGCUGAUCUGGGGGAGGCUCCCGGCCUGAGGGUUGUAACCAGUGCCUAUGAAAACCCAUCUCCAGCCAAUUCUAGCUCCACCAGGAGGCUCUCUGGAUAUUCCGACUCUCCUUGGAAUUCAGAAGCCCCUCCAGGAAGUUCCCCCCAGAACGAUAACAGGCCAAGGCGAGACAGUGACGGGACAUCCUUUCCCUUGAAGGACUAUAUGCUGCCAGCUGCCAUUGCUGCUUUCACGUCUGUUGUGGCUUUCCUAUUCUAUAAGCAUCUGCGGAAUUAGGAGUCGAGCAGGGUGGAGAGAUUGUAGAGCAUCGCUUCGUUCAGCCACAAAGUCAACAGUAAACUUCCUGCUUAGCUUUCUCUUACAUGGGCAUUUUAACUGGCAUACUUAUGACUAGUCUGGAGGGUAGAAUUUCGAAUGCACUAUUCAGUCUUCUUUGGAAAUGAGGCAUGAGGCCCCAGAUGCCUGACCCCCUUGUGCUCUUCUCCAUCCUUGUUGUCACCAGUUGCCUUCUCAUAUACUUUCCUUCUCCUGCUGCACCUCAACCCCCCAUGCAAGCCAUCGCUGAUGGACCCUUACUUGAGACAGUGAAAUUUGCAACCCCUUCCACGGAUGCUCAUUAUCGACACCUGUCUGUGGGCCGGUACAGUGGAAGGGGGUACCAAAGAGACAGGUGAAGGCUUUCUACAAGAGAGAGCAUGUUGUCCUGUGAAUCACAGGAUUCCUACUGCCCGCUCUGAGAGAAGGAGUUCCGUUUCCUUGCAGAAUCUGAAGUGUAUGAACAUCAAGAUAGCGCAGCUGGUCUCUGCUGCUAGGUUUUGCCCAACUUUAAAAUGCUGGUGCAUGGAGAGGGGCUGGGCACUGUCUCCUGUGCAGGUACCUGACCAGGGAUACUACCUUGAACUCAAACGUGGUCCAUUGAGGGCUCUUCUGGCUUUCUCCUCCAGCUGUCCCUCAUGAUUGGGUCUGUGUUCACUCUCUCCUUCCUUCUUGCCAUGUGUUUGUGUAUGACUGACUGGAACCGCAAUUCAGGAUCAUCUGCUCUCACUGAGUUGAAUGGCUGUGCUGCUGGUACAGCUAUUCACUCACGGAAGGGCUAGCAUGAGGCCUGUUUGCCAGUCAGAUCCCAAUGGCAACUAAGCCGUUUGCACUGGGGUGAAUUUCACCCUUAGCUUAUACCUCACUGGCUUGAAUCCAGACCAGAUCAGUAACUUGGUUGUUAACAUCUAAUGCCUUUUCAGUGCCCUGUGUGAAAUGAGCAGGGUCUGAAGAUCUCCUGCUCAGCAAGUAACCAAGUUACAAAAAUCCCACAGCUGGUCCCACUGAUGGCAGUCCCAGCUGAGAGGCCCAGGUUUAAAAUGGAGGUUAAACUACCAUUCUGUAUGCCUACGGGGGGACCCUCCAGCUUUGAGGCAGCGUGGGGAAGUUUGCAUUGCAGCUUCCAUGCUGUAUCUGUUUUGUGACUAAGUAGAGAGGUCAAAUUGACUGUCACCUUUCAAUAGCACUAAAAUCUCUCCCCAUGCCUGCAGGGGACGCCAUUAAUCUUGUGGUUUUCCCUUCUCCUCUGAGCAUACAUUUCCCAUACCUGUCAUGCGGUGUAGCCUUAGUCAGAGCAUGGGAUUACAUGCAAAUGCAGGCGUUGCCUGUUGCAGUACUAGGUCUCCAAAUUGUCUGGGCAUAGUUUUACUGUAGAAUCGGGCUUUAAGUGGAAAUGGGGGGUGGGAAUUAAGUAGUUUGAGAGAGCUCAGCCACUAUCGUGGCGAUAGUAAUGUAUGUAACUAGGGCUGUAGGUCAAUUGACGCAACUGUCCAGCAGGAUUCAAGGAACAGAGAAUGUCUCUCCAGCUUCACUGCUCCAGCAAGGAUGAGGUUUGCUCCUUUUCCUGUCGCAUUGUCUCAGUAGUUUUGCUAAUGAGUAGGGCCACGAUUUUGGCAAGGGUAUUUUAUUGAAAGUCACGGGCAGGAUAUGGGACAUAAACAAUAAAUCAUGGAUAUGUAUACAGGGCGAGUGUUAAGGGGUAGCAAACAGGGCAAUUGCCCGGGGCCUGCGAAGCUAAGUUACAGGUGGUGGGGCUCGGGCUUUGUUUUCAGUGGAAUUUUGAGGAAGUUGCAGAGGUCUCAUAAAAAUCACAGAAUCCGUGACUGACUCAAAGCCUUACUAAUGAGAAAUCAGCACUAUGGUAGAGUGGCCAUUUAUGUGAAAACUCCCCAGGUGUCAAUGCUGCAAAUGCUCAGGACCCGACAGUGUUCCCUGUUCCUUGCCCGACAUGAAGAUCAUGUUAUGGUAAAAGUUUUAUAGUAAGUACAAAAGCCAGGAAAUUCAGAGUUAGACUUCCCAGAGCAGCUGUGCCUAAUCCUGGUUUUGACACUGACAGCCUCUGUGGCAAGUCACUUUACCUUGCAAUUUGAAUUUCUCCCAUCUGCAGCGUGAGGAUAAUAAGGUGUACCGACCGCAAAAGCGGGCUUGAGGAGCAGUUACCUGUAGUCUGGAAGCGCUACGUGGGUCAGUUCCUCAGCUGGUAUAAAUCAGCGUCGCUCCAUUGACUUGGGGCCGUCCAUAGAUUACACACCACAUUUUUUUGUUAUUGUCAAGACCCCCUUACUCCUUGUAACACUGAAACAAACAUGCAAAAUUCAGGACCUAAUGCGUUAAGUAAUUUAUGGACAGACCCGUGACUGCAUUGUCAUUAAUGGAGCCUUGUGAAGGAGUGACCCACUGGCUGGUGUGCAUAGGAGAGUUCGUUCCUCUGAUGCCCCCUGGCAGCAGCCUCUUUUGACGUUGUGCGGUCCACUUCCUCCCAUGACUUAGGCCUCUGGACAGAUCACGUUCAGUCAUAACCCUUUCAGGAUACCAAAACCACAGGUCCCCAGACAUACAAGUAAACACCACAUUCCCCUCUAUCUUCAGGCGCCCUUUCUAUGCUCAUGUCCUUAAGCCUUCUGCUGGGGUCCUCAAAAUGGAGACAAGUCAAACAGUACUAACUCAACUGUCUCCAGCCCACGCGUGCUUACCGUGUUGGUUCCUCACUAAAUCCUCUUUCAUCCCACCACAGCGAGAGACUUCCCCUUCUGCACAAUCUAUUCACUUCUAUCCCACCACUGGGAUUUCCUGUCCCCCUGCAGCCUACCUGACAUCCUCACCCUUCUGGGCCUUUCUCUCUCUUCCUGCAGGACUGCCACUGGGGUGGGCCCUGCUCAACAUCUGCCAGACAUACCGCUUCCCGAGGUGGACCCAGACAAUGCUAAAUGGGGCCUUUGCUCCUUUGAUCUUUUCCAGGGUUCUGUUCACUUGGGGACAGGGGUAGAGGUUUGCACCAUCACCACAGCCCUAGACCAGCCCUGUGUGACAAUCCUGUUUACACCAGCUGAGGAUCUGUGCCAUUAGCGUUAAAGUCUUGCCAAAAAAUAAACACAAUAUUGUAAACACAAUGAGGAGUCCUUAUCGCACCUUAGAGACUAACUAAUUUAUUU